UACUAACUCAUACUUUUCAUUCUAUUAGAUGGAAUCAUUCCGAAGAUUGGUACAUACCGACCCAUGAGGAACAACAGGUCAUGAAAUCCAGAGAAAGAUAUGUUGAAAUCAUACCCAACGAUGAAGACUAUGAGUAUGUGAGCGGCCAUGUAAUUGAUGGAAGAAUUUUGUUUCCCGCGACGGGUUAUCUUGUACUCGUUUGGCAAACUAUCGGCAUGAUGACAGAGCGAAUAAUCACAACAGUACCGAUAAUAUUCCAAGAUGUAAAAUUUAUUCGUGCUACUCAUUUAUCAAAAAAUAAUACUGUAGAACUAAGAAUUGCGAUUCAGAAAGAUGGGAAGUUCGAAAUAACGGAAGGCGAGAGUGUUGUCGUGACAGGUAUAGUACGCGAGACAUCAAAUUUAGAACAAGAAAUGACUCCGAUAGAUCAAUUACCGGAGAACAACGAUGAAGAAGAACAUAUGACCGCACGAGAUAUCUAUAAAGAGUUGAAACUGCGCGGUUAUCAGUAUAGCGGCUUGUUUCGUGGAUUAAAGAGUGCAUCUAUUUCAGGCAAAAAAGGGCAUAUUAUUUGGAGAAACAAUUGGGUAACAUUUAUGGAUAACAUGUUACAGAUGCAUAUUAUCGGUUACGAUACUAGAAAUUUGUAUAUUCCUACGAGUAUUCAAAAAUUGGUAAUUAAUCCCAUGCUUCACGCAUUGAAGCUACGAAACGACGCUAAUGUUCUAGAAGCUACAACAGAUAAAGAUAAACAAUUAUCAGUAAGAGUUUCCAAAGAACUAGACACAAUUAUAGCUGGCGGAAUAGAAAUUCGAGGCCUUAAAGCCUUUCAGAUCUCUCGCCGAAAAUUGACCCAAGAUGUAGUUAUCGAGAAGCAUAUAUUUGUAGCUCAUUGUGAUCGCGCCAAGAUUUCUUUAAAUGAAGCGAUUCGAAUAUCGGCGCAGCUCGCGCUGGAAGAUCAUCAAGUUAUCAAAAUAAAAGUCAUUGAGCUAGUGGAAGAUGACAAUGAUAUUCCAUUAGAAUAUCUCUCAUCUUCAUUGCUCAAUGAGGCAUUUAAUGAUAUGCCAUUGAUACAAACAAAUAUUACUCUAUUAACAUCGCCAAAUCGUUUCAAUCCAUCAAAUUUAUCACAAAACAUUUCAGUCGUAGAUUGGAACAAAAUAUCUAUAGAUGACAAAGCUUUAAUAGUUGUCGGAUUCAAUCUUUUAACUAAACGGCAAACCUCAUUAGAGCGACUGUUGCCAUUUUUAAGAGAAGGUGGUUAUCUGUUGACGCGUGAAAAAUACGAUGUAACUGACUAUAAGAAAUACUUACAGCAAUACGAAUUAAAUGUUAUCCUGGAAAAACGCACUGAUAAAGAAACGAUUGUGCUUCUAAAGAAGAAAAUUUUGAUAGGAAAAAGAACUGUUGUGUAUAUAAAUAAUGAUAACUUUAGUUGGCUGGAGGAGUUAAAAUCGCUUGUGAGCGAUGAGAACAAACUCGAGAAGAAUAGUAGAAUUAUAAUUGUUGGCGAGAGAGAUUUUGAGUGCGGUUUGUUGGGUUUUGUGAAUUGCUUGAGAAAAGAACCGGCCGGAGAACUUGUUAGGGGACAAGCAGCUAUUCAUCUCGCUCUCAAUGAAGGAUGCGAGGUGUUCACUACUGUGGGCACGAGUGACAAACGAAACUUUAUUAAACAAAUGUUUCCGACUAUUUUGGAUGAACGCAUUGGAAAUUCUCGAGAUACUAGUUUUGAACAAAUGAUAAUGCAGCAAACGAAAGGUCGCGGCGUCGACAUCGUCUUAAAUUCAUUGGCUGAAGAAAAAUUAAUCGCGUCUGUUCGUUGUUUGGCGCGAAACGGUCAUUUUUUGGAGAUCGGCAAAUUUGAUCUUGUUUCUAACAAUCCUCUAGGUAUUUCGGCGUUUCAGAAAGGUAUUAGCUUUCAUGGAAUUCAACUCGAUAAUAUGUUCACUGGAAAUAAUCUCAUGUAUAAAUCUCUGUUAUCAAAAAUGGUAACCGAUGGUCUUAAUAAUGGAACUGUGAAACCACUCCAAGUGAAAAUUUUUCCGAAAACAGAUAUCGAAGAAGCUUUUAGGUAUAUGGCGAGUGGAAAACAUAUGGGAAAAAUAAUUAUAAAUAUCCAAGAAAAGUAUAAACCUUUAGACAAUCACAUUCUCGCAUAUCGUCGCUAUUAUUGUCUCAAGGAUAAAAGUUACGUUAUACUAGGCGGAUUAGGUGGAUUUGGCUUAGAGUUAACCGACUGGCUGAUAUUUCGAGGCGCUAGGAAUGUUGUGCUCAUUUCACGAACUGGAAUAAAAAACGGUUACCAGCGUAUGAAAGUUCAAUUGUGGAAGUCGUACGGUGUAAACGUUUUGAUUAUCAAGGACAUUGAUGUCGCUAACAUUCAGGGUUGCGAAUAUCUCUUGCGAAUUGCGGAAAGAGAAGGACCAGUGGACGCGAUAUUCAAUCUUGGUGUUGUAUUGAAAGACAGUGUUCUGGAGAAUCAAACUGCUGAGACUUUUGCGGAGUCCUUUCAAUCGAAAGCUCGAGCAACUCAAAUAUUGGACAAACUUACUAGAAAAAUUUGCCCUAAACUACGGCAUUUCGUAGUAUUCUCUUCCGUUUCUUGCGGUAGAGGAAAUGCCGGACAAACUAAUUAUGGCAUGGCCAACUCUGUUAUGGAGAGAAUAUGUGAGAAGAGGGUGGAGGAAGGAUUACCUGGAUUGGCAAUUCAAUGGGGAGCUGUGGGCGACGUUGGUCUCGUCGCAGACAUGCAGGAGGAAGAUAAAGAAGUGAUUAUCGGUAGCACUUUGCAGCAAAAAAUAUCUUGCUGUCUCGAUGAACUCGAUAAAUUUUUACUUCAAAAUCAACCGAUUGUGAGUAGCAUGGUCGUAGCUAAAAAGAAAGCGGGAUCUUACGAACUUGGCAGUAUUGUAGAAACUGUUGCUAAUAUUUUAGACAUAAAAGAUAUGAAAUUUGUAAGUCAACAUUUGCCUUUGGCUGAAUUCGGAAUGGACUCCAUGAUGGCCGUUGAAAUUAAGCAAACUCUUGAACGAGAAUUUGAUAUUUUUUUUACUGCACAAGAAAUAAUAAAUCUUACUUUUGCAAAACUCAUGAAAGUGUCCGAUGAAAACGUAAGAGGCGACACUAUUCAUAACAAACAGAAACUCGUCACAAAGGAAUCAAAUGCUAUAAAAUAUCUAAUUGGUAUUAUAAAAGAUGAAGAUUUUAUUUCACAACCCUGUUUUGAUCUACCUACUAAAAGACAGAAAGCUACGACUGAAGUAUUUCUUAUACCGGGUGUCGAUGGGUGCGGAACUGUAUUUAAUCGUUUAGCACCAGAUAUUGAAUUUUCAGCAACGUCCUUGCAUUAUAACACAAGCAAUAUCGAUGCUGCUACAAAUAUUAUAUCUGGGAUUACUGAUUAUUUCACAAACCACAUAUUACCAAAACUAAGAGAUGGAAAAGAUUUUGUAGUAGUAGGAUACUCCUUCGGAUCUAUUAUCGCGGUUGAAUUAACGAGAAAAUUGGAAGCUAUGAAUUUUACAGGCCGUCUAAUUCUCAUCGACGGCGCUCCUAAACAAAUACGAAUGAUUUAUAAACAUUUUAUAGAAUCUAAAAAUACAGACCUUCAAAUUGCUGCCUUAACAAGUGUUAUGGAAGUUUAUGGAAUCGGAAAUAGUAAAAAGAUUUUAGUGGAACUGAAGGAAUGCAAUACCUGGGAAGAGAGAUAUAAUAUUUUUGCCAAGCAGUUUUUGGCCACGAACACGUUACUUUCGCCUGCAAAUUUAAAGACGCUAUGUACAACAAUUUAUAGACACUUAUUAGCUGCUCAUCAAUAUGAUCCUUCUACGUUGCUGCCUAUUAAAUCUCCUAUAACAUUGCUAAAACCUACAAAAACAUUGCAUAUACCCAUGACUGAGGAGGAUUAUGGUUUACAGAAGAUAACUAAAAAUGUGGUGAAAGUACAUUACAUCGAGGGUACUCAUGUGACGAUCUUGAAGAACGAGAAAGUGACAGCUGCAAUUAAUGGACAGGCACCAUAUAUAAUUUAACGUUUUUGUAUAAUUUAAAAAUCACAAAUGCAAAUUUAAAUUCAAAUUAUACAUACUUAUUU